AUGGACGUGGAUAUCUGCUUUACUCUCGUUCAGCCUGCACCAGAUGGCUGCGAGUCUGCUGCUCCCCUGGUCCUGAUCCACGACGGUGGCGGGACAAGCGUCAACUAUUACUACCUGCACUCCCUCGACCGCGCAGUCUACGCCAUCCAAAAUCCCAGCUUCUACUCCGGCAAGGCCUGGGAAGAUGGAAUACCUGAAAUGGGAGAGACCUACGCGCGGUUCAUCCGCUCCCAUAUCGCAUCUGGUCCAAUAUUGCUUGGAGGAUGGUCUCUUGGUGGAAUGGUCUCGCUGGAAAUUGCCAGCAUAUUUUCGAGGAAGUCAUCGAAGUUGCGGGUGCUGGGCAUCGUGAUGGUCGACAGUGUUUACCCGUUCGCCCCCAGGCCACCGUCACGGACGAUUGUCCCACAUAAGCUGCAAUUCGGGAAAUAUACAAAGCCAGAGACACAACAACUCUCCGCAAAUUGCAUGACCCAGGCUCUGGAGAUGGUACAGAACUGGAUGUUACCUGUCUGGCGGGGCUGCUCGGACGAAGCAGUGUAUAGCCGUCGAGUUGCUCUGGAGAACGACCUAUCUCGGAAGAUGAAGACAAAACAGCCAAACGUCGAAAGGGAAGAAGAAUACGAUGCAACGCCGAUUGGGGAGCUCGCUCCGUUGCCACAGACGGUUCUCCUCCGUUGUAACGAGAUGGUCCCGGUCUCUACACCAGAAGAUCCGACGGCAAUAUGUCGAGUUGACGUGGCUCGUGAUUUGGAAAAGCUCGGCUGGGAGCAGUAUGGAUAUGACUUCAUCUCAGCUGUUCUCCAAAUUCCCGGUCAUCAUUUCAAUAUAUUCUCGGAUGAAUAUAACCACAGUUUGGCCAAUAGCAAAACCUAA